AUGGAGACAGAUGAAGCUUACCAAAAGAAAGAGCGUGCUGCACUUGUAGCCAUUGUUGUUCUUGCUUGUCUUGCUUUAUCGUCUUUGUUCGUCGCCUUUAGCUACUACUGCUAUAUUCGUAACAGAGUCUCUAAACGUCACAGAAUUAACAAGAGAUUUGAUUGUGAGGAGGAGAAAGGAGAUUGUCAAAAUCUACAAGAUGUUACUGAUAAUGGGUUGCAGAUUUUCACAUUCAAGCAGCUACAUUCAGCAACUGGUGGGUUUAGCAAGUCUAAUGUGGUUGGACACGGUGGAUUUGGCUUGGUUUAUCGAGGCGUGCUUAGCGAUGGGAGAAAAGUUGCUAUCAAGUUUAUGGAUCAUGCAGGAAAGCAAGGAGAAGAAGAAUUCAAGAUGGAGGUUGAGUUACUGAGUCGUCUUCGCUCACCGUAUUUAUUGGCACUUCUUGGUUAUUGCUCAGACAAUAGUCACAAACUUCUUGUGUAUGAGUUCAUGGCAAAUGGUGGUCUCCAGGAACACUUGUAUCCUACCAACAGGUCUGAUUCUGUCCCACAGAGAUUAGAUUGGGAAACUCGGAUGAGAAUAGCUCUGGAAGCUGCAAAAGGCUUGGAAUAUCUCCAUGAAACUGUAUCACCCCCUGUGAUUCACAGAGAUUUUAAGAGCAGCAAUAUUCUGCUGGACAGAAACUUCCACGCCAAAGUUUCAGAUUUCGGAUUGGCUAAAGUUGGAUCUGACAAAGCCGGUGGACACGUUUCUACCCGUGUAUUAGGCACGCAAGGAUAUGUUGCUCCUGAGUAUGCUUUAACCGGUCACUUGACUACAAAAUCAGAUGUCUAUAGCUACGGAAUUGUCCUGUUAGAGUUGCUAACCGGAAGAGUUCCAGUAGAUAUGAAGAGAGCUACAGGAGAAGGAGUUCUUGUAUCUUGGGCUUUACCUCAACUGGCUGAUAGAGACAAAGUAGUAGACAUAAUGGAUCCAACACUCGAAGGACAGUACUCGACGAAAGAGGUUGUUCAAGUUGCAGCAAUAGCAGCAAUGUGUGUUCAAGCAGAAGCUGAUUACAGACCAUUAAUGGCUGAUGUGGUGCAGUCACUGGUUCCGUUAGUGAGAAGCCGUAGGUCAGCUUCAAAGGUUAGUGGCUGCUCUAGUAGCUUUAGCUUGGCUCGGUCUCCUAACUCACCCGGUAAAGCAAGCGUCGGUUCUCAAUAA